CACACAACUCUACUGUCAAGGCUGAUUCCUCACUCUGGCACUUCGAUUGCAGAAGGUCCUGAUUGUUUCAGUUCAAAGAACCUUGCGCUGCAAGCACAGAAAAAGCUCCUGAGUAAAAUGGCUACCAAAACUAUGGCUAACAUGCUCAUCGACGACACAAGCAGUGAAAUAUUUGAUGAGUUAUAUAAAGUAACUAGAGAACAUACAAGGAACAAGAAGGAAGCUCACAAAAUUAUGAAGGACUUGAUUAAAGUGGCAAUAAAAAUUGGGAUCCUCUACCGAAACAAUCAAUUCAACCAAGAAGAGCUGGAAAUCGUAGACAAAUUCAGAAAGAAGUUGAAUCAGACAGCCAUGACAAUUGUCAGUUUUUACGAAGUAGAAUACACCUUUGAUAGAAAUGUUCUCGCAGAACUUCUGAAUGAAUGUAAAGACCUGGUGCACGAACUGGUAGAGCGACACCUGACGCCCAGGUCCCAUGGGCGUAUCAACCAUGUCUUCAAUCACUUUGCAGAUGUGGAAUUCCUCACUGCCCUGUAUAGCCUUGAUGGGGAUUGCCGACCACACCUCAAAAAGAUCUGUGAUGGAAUCAACAAACUACUUGAUGAGAAAGUCCUUUGAAACUUUGCCUUUUACAAAACAAAAACUCAUUCCUAGAGCUGCAAACUGGCCAUACUUGGUGAGUUGUGGCAAAGCUUGUGAGCUUCCUUCCUACCAUCCGCCUACUACACGGACUUCAUCAGAAACCAGCAUGUGCUCACUUGGCUUAUAAUGAAGAAAAACAAAACCAAACCAGAAAGCUACAAAUUGUAAUUCUCAGUUCACAGCGAUUUCAGCCUUUUCAAAGGAGGGAGUCAAUAGGGCUGCUGAUGCUUAUUAUUCAGAACAAGAUCACAGCACAUCAUAACCUCAGUAUCUGUGUUGGGGUCUUGUUGGGUGAAAAUGAACCUAAACUCAAGACACGUGGCUGUGUCAAAGAUAGAAGGGAAAAAGCAGAAAGGGUGUUGCAUGGAAUUGACCCCCAAACUCUUCUUGUAUAUGUUUUUAUUAUUCCUAAAAAAGAUCUUAGAGGCUUAGAUGGAAAGUGGGGUUCUGAUGGGCACAAGUUCUCUCCUUUCAAUAGUGUCAGGAACCGAUAGGAGAGCACAUCUCCAAUUUUGCAAGUGAUUAAGACCAUACUGGAGAGCAGAACUUAAUAAAAUGGGGAGAAGUGAGAAGAGUAGAGAAACUUCUUUAAGAAGCAUGUUCCCACUAGAGAUUUUUGCUUUGCAUCUGAGAAUAGAAGUGAGAAACUUGUGAUUUUGAUUCUGGAAAAACAGCUCAGUGACUCUAAAGUCAAAUAUAAUGAAGAAACUAAAUCCUGAAGUACAACAUUGGCUUCAACAACAACAUGGGUCCCACAGGCUCAAGCACACCGUGACAUCAAAUAGGCUUAGAUUAGAGGUCCAUGCUACUUCCUCUGCAAUUACUGUUUUCAGUGCCAGAGCUUAAGUUUCCUGCUGAAGAACACCAUGAUACAAAUGCUGAACACCUGAGAGGAAUAGUGAUAUUACUGGAUCAAUGUAGCCAUCAUCUGUCCCUUCCUUCUCCACUGAAAUACCAUUUCCACCUGCAAAUGGCAAAAGCUCUCAAAAGACAAUAUUCAAUGUAUGAAACAACUUUUCAGCUGUGGCUUAGUGUAUGUCCAUCGUAAUUAGUUGUGUUUACAGUCAAAUAGUGAAAUGUAGGAAACGGGGGCCAGGCUGGUAUUUUCACAGUGCCAUCUAAGUAUAGAACAUCCACACCUCUGUAACUAGGGCUUGUUAACAUGAGAAACUUAGGAGCAACAUCAAGGUACCUAUUGCAUCUUAUUCUAUACACAUUUAAAAAAAAAAAACGAACACACACCAACACCUAUUACAGAACAAGGAUGAACUAAAGAACUUGCAGAAAAGUUGCAGUGGUUGCAACAGCACAACUGUCCUGGCAAAAAUCCAGAUUUUGUAAUCCCCAGUCCAGAGCAUCACAAAAGAAAGCAGCAUGGUAUAGUGCUUAAAACAACCAAUUCAAGCUCUGCCAUGGACUUCUGUAAUCUUUGACAAGUCACUUAGCUUCUCCGUGUUCCAAUCUGAAAAAUUUCCUCUUUGUAAAUUGCUCUGAAAUUAUUGAAUUAAAAAAAAAACCCCACUAGGUAAGAGCUUAGCAUUGCUAUUAGGAAACUAAGACUGAGGAAAUCCUGGUACCAAACAAAAUGCUGGCAGAGAAUUAUAUUGCUCGUUAUUGAACUGAGGUGACUUUUCUCUUUUAGAGGCAGAGGGGAAAUGCAUUACCAGUUCAUCUGAAAGCCAACUUUGUUGUGAAAAAAUCCUCCACAAGUCAAAUUAAUUAAUUUCAACCUUUACAUUGCACCCAUUAAUCUUUGUACUCUAUCUGCAAUAGAGCAGAGCACUACAGAAACUGUAGGCUCUAUGAUAGAACAUUUUCAUACUUCAAGGCCUCCUAGAAGCAAGACAUUCACUGCAAUAUGCCAAGUGGUCAGUCUCAGAAAACGAGUUGAUCUACUCAACAUAGGUGGGUGAGAAACAGGUUUUUUGUACUGCAUAUAUUUGAGAGUUCAAAAUAUUUUCCCAUCUCAAAUCAGGGCAAAAAGUGAAAUUUCAAAAACAUUCAGGAACCGGGGGUGGAGGUGGCGCAGAUUUUUGUUUUGAGUCAAUCCAAAUGUUUCAUUUCAAUAAUU